GAUUGUUAUUGGAAAAUAUUUUUUCGUAUUUACCCUCUCCCUUCUUGGCGUUUAUUCUAGUUCAUUUUCACAGAAGUCAAAGCGGCAUCACUCCUGUUUAAAAUUCAUGUAAAAAUUUAUCUAAAUAAAUAAAACAAUUAUUUACGUAUAAUUGAUUUUGCGGUUUAUAUUAAAAUUUAAAUUGUGUAUUAGAGAGAUAAUUCUAAUUAGAUAUAACGAGAACAUUGCAAACAUUACUCAGUGAUUUAUUUGAGAAGAAGCAACCAUUGAAAUGGAGGGUCGACGUACUCGUGGUCGUCCAAAACGCUUAGAUGAAUCGGAAACGUCAGCACCGGUGGUAGAGAAGACUAGUACAACAAGCACACACGUCAAUGUACCCAAUAAACGAACUUCCUCCCGGGCAAAAGUAUCACCACCAAGAAAUGCCUCACCUGGGCGCACACGCCGUUCUUCACGCACACGUACUUCAAAUGUAACAACAGCGCCAUCUACAACAACGAUAUUGAUAAGGAAAUCUUCGCCAACAAAUCCAUCACCAAUUAAGGAAAUAAAAGAGUCACCGUCACCUAAAACAACAUCAUCAAAAACACGAAUACCAACAGCGCUUGGCUCAAAUCUUGCUGCGCCAAGUAAAAGCUCGCCGCGCUUUGUUAACAAGUCAACAUCAUCAGUACACAGCACUUACAGCAGUAGUAGCACUCAAAAAACAAUUGAAAUACGUUCAACCACAUCUGCAAUGGAUAGUGAGUUUCAAAAGUUAUCAGACUACAUACGUCGAUCUGUUUCAAAAGCUAUUGAUAGUGGACGACGUGAAGGUACUCAUACACCUACAACAAACACCGAAAUAGAAAGCCGUUACAGUCGUUCAAUUUCUCGUUCGGUUUACGAUGAUGGCGUCUCCUCCAAAGCUGAGUUUUCUGAUAAUGAAACGAAUGGACAAAUGGCGGAAGAUGAAGAUGAUGAGGAUAAUGAUGAGCAUUAUAAAAGUUUCAACAUAACGGCACAGCAUUCUUAUUCAACUUCAGCGCUUGGACAAAACUGCAGGCAACUAGAGAUUCCAAGAGAAUUUGGUGGUUGGGCGGGAAUCACUCUAAUAUUGAUAUUGGUGCCUUGCAUUGUAUAUUAUUUACAAUUGAGUUGCCAAAAGCGCAUUUGUGAGUUAAAAAUACCUAAUUUAGAUAUCAGUACACUAAAAGAUAGUACUAUGUGGAAAUCGGUUUUUAGCAAUGAAGCAGUUGGUGUAUUUAUUGCAUUUCAAACUGGCGUGUUCGUGUUAUCCGCAUUGUUAUUCGGACGUUAUGUGCGUUUACCUACCGAACGUUUUGGCACGUACCUUCAACAUGACUUGGAAUAUAAAUUCAACGCAGCGCCCAUAGCAAUUAUAAUUACCUUAGCCGCUGGUUAUGCUGAGUAUCUUAAUUAUCCUGUGGCUGAUUUCGUAUUGGAACAUCAACUAAAUUUCUGUCUUUAUGGCUUUAUUAAUGCAUUCAUUUUAGCACUGUGGGCUUACAUACGUGCCGGUAUGUUGAAAAAUAAAAGCCACGUUCAACAAUUCAAUAUAUAUGCUAAAACAGGAAAUGUCUUGAUAGACUACGCACAAGGCAAACAGCUAAAUCCCAAAUGGUUAAAUUUUGUUGACUUUAAAUUGGUAUUUUAUCGUGUGGCAUUGUUGCUAACACUUUUCUAUGGCGAGUGUUAUCUAUACAAGCAACUACCCCUACUUUCGCAAACGUCUACUGAAAACGCCGAUGUUUGGACAUCAGCCGUAAACUACUUUAAAAAUUUUCACUAUGAUAGUGCGGCGUUGAUCUCUUCGGGUAUGCUGCUGGCUUACGUUUUGGAUGCUAUAAUUUUCGAACAUCAUUUGGCCUCUUCUUUUGAACUACAAGGCGAAGGUUUUGGUGCAUUAUUAUUGAUACGCUAUGCAGCCACACCGUAUUUAUUAACAGCGGUAGCACGUUAUUUUUAUGAGCAACAACUUGAACGCCCAAUGGAGGUCUCAACACCAUUAAUAUGCUGCUUUGCCGCUUAUGUGCCAAUAACGUUGCAGAUUACUGGUUUGAUACUCAAACGUUUAAGUAACGCUGUGAAGUACAAGUAUCGCAUAAAUCCAACAAAUCCCUACUUUGAGGGCAUCGAAACCAUACAUACUUUCCAAGGACGUCGCCUUUUACUUGGCUCCUUAUGGGGUCGUUUGCGUCAACCUAAUUAUGCCGGUGAUUUGAUUGCUUUAGCUGCGUUAGCGAUGCCGAUAUUUGUGCGUUUCGCUUGGCCACCGUUUAUUUGCAUAUUGCUUUUAUGUAUUAUGUUGUUACAUCGCAUUCAGCGUGUACAGGCGCGUAAUAUGGCACGUUAUCAUUCGUCUUGGGUGCGAUACUGCAAUAAAGUACGGUAUUAUAUAUGCCCGAAAGUUUUUUGAAGGAAAAUGACACAGAUAUCUGCCGAUCGAAGUAGCAUGGUGCAAUAAGAUUGCAACCAAACCAAUAUAUAUAUAUAUAUAUAUUAUAUAUAUACUUUUAAAAUUUGUAUAUAUAAGUUAUUUUAGUACAAAAUUACAUCUAUUCAUCUGCUUUUCAUUAUUAUUUUAUUUAUUUUUGUUUUGCUAAAAUCGUGUAUGUUGAAUAAUUUGAUUUGCGUACAAAUAUGACGUGCAUUGACUAGCUGUGUCUAGCUUUUAUUUUGACUAUAUAUUACAUUUCGAUUUUACUGAUUGUAUUGAUCAUACACACAUAGGCAAGUCCAAUACAAAAUUAUAACUGCAAUCAGAAAAAGACAGUAUAUAAGAGAGAUAUAUUUUUAUAUCGUUGCAAAAAAAAAAAAAAAAA